CGGAGCGAUUACAUACUUGGUUAUCACCGCAACCACCGGACCACUCGGUGAGCGGACCGCACGGUGGACCAGCUGCGUCGAAUCUCUCGCUGUUUACCCGAAUUGCGCGUAGCUCUCGAUAAAAGACGGUUCCUUCCCACCUGGCUGGAUCGUCGUCGGUGAAACGCGUCCGAGGAAUAACACGGUAGCCGUGGAUCGAUCUGUCGUCGAUCGAGAACGAUGAACGUCUAGCAACAGAGGGUCUAGCGUGAAUCUCUGUGGAAACCGAAGGAGCAACGGAGAGAGAGUCGUUGGGGCAGAGGAGAGGCAGAGGAUGUGCUAGCGCUGAUCGAUCAGCAGAGAUUCAGAUCGCGAGAAGUGCCGCGUGCCAUUUAAUCGUCGCAGGUGGUGGCCCGAUGCUUGAUGAGUGUGGGUGAUGACAGAUGUGUUUUGCUCCCGUGUUCCGUUCGCCGUCGUCGUCGUCGUCGGUCGCGAGGUGUGAGUUGCUUCUGACAUCGCGUUCACGCCCUCUCUUCGAGACACAGAAUCGGUGAAAAUAAAUCGCGACCCGGCGAUCUCGGAUAACUUGACCUGGAGAAAAUGUGCAGCGCGACGAGGAUCCAUCUGUUGCUGGCUGUCUUCCUCUGCUACCAAGCGUUCGGCGACAGCUUGAUGCUAGAGGAGGAGAAGGAGCCGAAUUAUCUGAACGCAGGAGUGGGAGAGUACGCGGUGUUUAAUUGCGAUUUGGACUUUCCGCACGAGACUCCGAUCCCGUACAUCCUCCAAUGGAAUCGUGACGCCCGAACGAUCUUUUCAUGGUACAACGGAUAUCCGUCGGUGGGUCUCGGCUACGAGGGUCGCGUGCACCUUUUAGAAGACGCCGCUAACCGUGGCUACGGCCAAGGCAGCAUCAAUUUAACGAACAUCCGCGAGAGCGAUCAGGGAUGGUACGAGUGCCGGGUGAUCUUCCCGAACAGGACACCGAACUCGAGGAACAACGGGACCUGGUUCCACCUCGCUAUAGAUGGUGCGUCGCCGUUUCCGACGUCUGUUCCAGGCGAGAAUCUACUGGCGGUCCCGCCCGUCAACAAGACUGUAAUGGAGGCCGAGUCUGUGAGUUUCGAUUGCGUCGCCAAGGGAGAAAAGUCCGUAGUGAGCUGGUUCCGCGAGGGCGAGGAAAUCGUCGACAUGGAGGACCUGAAGAGGAGAGCGGGUAUCGCCGAGGAUGGAACGUUGACCAUCAAUUCAGCUGCCAUGGGUGAUCUCGGGGAGUACACCUGCGUGGUGACCGGCGAGACUGGUGACCAGCAGAGUGCUUCGGCCUUUCUCAACGUGCAAUAUAAGGCGAAGGUUAUCUACGCUCCCCGCGAAGUCUACCUUCCCUACGGGAAACCAGCCCUUCUCGACUGUCACUUCAGGGCGAAUCCACCGCUGACGAACCUGCGUUGGGAGAAGGACGGAUUUCUCUUCGACCCGUACAACGUUCAGGGUGUCUUCUACCGGCGAAACGGUUCCCUCUACUUCAGCAAAGUGGACGAGACGCAUUCUGGAAGCUACACUUGCACACCGUACAACGAGCUGGGCACCGAGGGACCCAGUCCGUCGAUCACCGUGAUCGUGCAGAGGCCGCCGAUGUUUACGGUAACCCCGCAGCACUUGUACAUAAGGAAAUUGGGAGAGAACUUGGAGAUACCUUGCGACGCUAGAGACGGAGAUCAGUCUCAUCGGCCGUCGAUCGUUUGGUACAAGGACGGUUCACCGGUGCCGCCGGACAACAGGACCCUCGUCAUCGGUGGCAACCUAACGAUCGACAGGAUCCAAGAGCAGGACAGAGGACUGUACCAGUGUGCGGCUAGUAACGAGGCCGCUACGGUGGUCGCGGAUACGGAAUUAAUGGUUCUGAACGUUCCUCCGAGGGCACCGUACAACCUGUCCGCCCUCAGCAGCAAUAACGCGGUUACCCUGACAUGGGUGCCCGGUUACGUGAGACCGAAAAUGGAGUAUUCCGUCUGGUACAGACCAACGGACACCACAGAAUGGAGAACGAUGAAGAUCUUGUCUAGAAAGAUCACCGAAGCAACUGUGAACAAUUUGAAUCCAGGACGAGAAUACGAGUUCAUGGUGCUCAGUCAAGAUAAACACGGGGACGGGAUGUUCAGCAAAACUCUACGCGUUUUCACGCAACCUACUUCCUUCGACGAGAACUCUGCGUCCGAGUAUCGCAGUCCUCCAGACGACAGAAUGGGGCCGCCGAUAAACGUGAGAGUUCAGGCCACGGUGCAGGGUUACCUGGUUACCUGGGAGUCUCCCGCUUACGGAAAAGAGCAAGUCAGACUGUAUACGGUUCGAUGGUUCAGAGGACCGUCCGAGCAAUUAUACGGCAGAGCGGAAACGACCGACACUUACUACCUAAUUAAAACGCUGGAAGAGGAGAGUUACUACACGUUCGAAGUAGCCGCAAUGUCAAUUGCGGACGACGUAGCAACGAGCGAGCGCGUUAGUCUAGAAGUUCCAUCGUAUCGUAGAGACAGGGCUAUUUCCAUGGGAAUAGUGGCGGGAAUUGGGUUCCUGGCAGCNGCUCUGGGCGCGAUUUGGUGGGCAAGGAAACGCUUCUGCCAAUCGCCGAACGAGAAAUAAAGAAUAUCGCGCUUCUGUACGUCGUCGAAUACGGCCAGCCGCAAAUAAACUUCCGUAAAGUAGCGAUAUCGAGAAAUAGUUGACAAAGUACGAUCAGUUCCGUUUCUCCCGACUCAUCCCCGUCGAGCG